AAUAAACCCAAUUUAUUCAUUCGCUUUAUUAAUUUCCUCGUGGUUAGGUACUAGGUAGGUAGCUCCGUUAACGGACACAGAAAAAAGGAAUAAGAAGAUAUACGCAACACGAAUUGCACGAACGGGCGCAAAUGAUCCCAUUCGAUUUUGAUCCUUGAACAUCCUCUCUUACCUAGCUACCCCUCUGCCCCUCCCUCCCUCCAAGAUGGCGCGUCCGCGGAGUGCGCUUCUACGGACAACGGUCCAGCUUUCACACCGAUGGGCUGUGCCCUGCGUGCGACGGCAAUAUAGUGCUGCCAGCGCCACGAUCGCCUCGACCUCUAGAUUUAAGCCAUGCCUUGUGCGAUCAUACCGGUAUUACUCCACUGAAGCACCCGCGAAAGCGCCACGGGGCGGUUCUAAAGUCUUCAAGUCCGCGGACGAAGCUGUCGCAGACUUGAAAGAUGGCGCUGUUGUCCUCAGCGCUGGUUUCGGGUUAUGCGGUGUUGCUGAAACUCUCAUUCAAGCGAUCCAUAAGAAAGGCCUUAAGGACCUGACAGCCGUUUCCAACAAUGCCGGCUCCGGCGACCACGGCUUAGCUCUUCUCACACAAGAUGGACGAUUGAAUCGCAUCAUUCUCUCAUACUUAGGAUCGAACAAAGAACUCGAGAAACAAUACCUUACGGGAAAGAUAGCUGUCGAGCUAUGUCCGCAAGGUACGCUAGCAGAGAAAUUGAGGGCGGCUGGUGCUGGAAUUCCGGCGUUCUAUACGGCAACGGGUGGGAAGACUUUCAUCGAAACAGGCGAGAUACCCGUGAGGUUUACCCCUGAAGCUGUUCUUGAGAAGGGCAAGCCGAAAGAGACGAGGGUUUUCAAUGGCAAGUCUUAUAUUAUGGAGACGGCGCUUCCCGGCGAUGUAGCUAUUUUGAGAGCGUGGAAGGUUGACGAAGCUGGAAAUUGCGUAUUCAAACACACAACGAAGACAUACGCAGGUCUCAUGGCCAAGGCAGCCCGCAUAGCCAUAGUCGAGGCAGAAAAUAUUGUGCCCAUUGGGUCUAUCGAUCCGGACGUAGUCGACUUACCCGGCAUCUUCAUCGAUCGCAUUGUUCCGGCAACGGCACCCAAGAACUUUGAAGUUUUGAAAGUAGCGCCACCCAAAUCAGACGAGUCCGCUUCUGGCAAACCUACCACGCUUGACUCACGGAAUCGCAUCGCCCGCCGUGCGGCGAAGGAGCUACUAGAUGGAUACUACGUCAACCUCGGAGUCGGCAUCCCAACAUUAGCUGCUUCGUAUCUGCCCGAGGACACCAAAGUUUGGCUGCAAUCUGAGAACGGAAUCUUAGGCAUGGGCCCAUACCCGGCGACGAAAGAAGACGCAGAUCCGGACCUAAUCAAUGCGGGCAAAGAGACGACGACACUUUUACCGGGAGCAUCGACAUUUGAUUCGGCCGAGUCUUUCGGUAUGAUUCGGGGCGGCCAUGUUGAUGUGUCGAUUCUGGGCGCUUUCCAGGUAUCGGCCUCAGGAGACCUCGCCAACUAUAUGAUUCCCGGACGCGUAUUCAAGGGGAUGGGCGGCGCUAUGGAUCUUGUGUCGAACCCCGAUCACACCAAGAUUGUGGUGGCUACGGAGCAUGUCGACAAGAAAGGACGGAGUAAGAUCGUCCAGGACUGUCAACUGCCCCUUACAGGUAAGGGUGUCGUUAGCACCAUUAUCACAGAUCUAGCCGUCUUCCAGGUUGACCGUAUCAAUGGCGGUUUGACUCUCACUGAGAUUGCCGAGGGUGUUGAUUUGAAAACUGUGAAGGCCAAGACUGAUGCUGAGUUUGAGGUCAUAGAUAAUCUAAAGACAUUUUAGACAUGAAGAGAUGAGAAGAGAAGAGGUGGGAUGAGAUGAGAAGGAAUAGGCCAGGGGAUAUCUAUUGUAUAUACACAGUGUAGAGGUAGGACUGGCGAUUAGGAGCAUUUUGAUGUAUAAACAAGCGUCUUCGUUGAC